ACUGAGUGUAAAAUGUUCAACAACACUUCAGGGUUUGACUUUCUACUCCUGGAAUUCUCAGAAGUCUGGGAACUACAGAUUCUACACUUUCUUGUGUUCCUAGUAUUGUAUGUGGUAACUCUUAUGGGGAAUCUUCUCAUUAUCUUUACAGUAGCCUUUGACCACCACCUACAUACCCCUAUGUAUUUCUUUCUGAUGAACUUGGCCAUGCAGGACCUUGGCCAAAUUUCAGUCAUUGUCCCCAAAUCCAUGAUGAAUUCACUCCUGAAUACCAGACACAUUUCUUACUCUGGGUGUGUUGCUCAGGUCUUCUUGUUUCUUUUCUUUAUAGCAUCUGAUAUCUCCCUCCUCACAGUCAUGGCCUAUGAUCGGUAUGUUGCCAUUUGCAAUCCAUUCCAAUAUGAAAUGAUGAUGAACAUGAGAGCUUGUAUUAAAAUGGUUGCCAGCACAUGGAUCAGUGGUCUUUUCUAUGGAGUAUUGCACACCAGUGGUACCUUCACAAUUUCUUUCUGCUCUAACGUUGUUAAUCAAUUCUUCUGUGAAAUACCACAGUUACUUAAGCUCUCUUGUUCUGAUUCAUACCUAAUUGAACUUGGAGCUGUUGUGUUAAGUGUUAGCCUAGUGUUUGGCUGCUUUGUUUUCAUUAUUGUAACAUAUGCACACAUCUUCAUUGUGGUACUAAGAAUUCCUUCUUCACAAGGAAGGAAAAAAGCCUUCUCAACAUGUCUUCCCCACCUCAUAGUUUUCUCCACAUUAGUCCUCUCUGGAUCCUUAGCCUACCUGAGGCCAACCUCAAAAAAACCAUCAUAUCUGGAUUUAGUGUUAUCUGUGAUAUAUUCCAUGAUUCCACCCAUGGUGAAUCCUUUGAUCUAUAGCAUGAGAAAUCAAGAGAUCAAAGCUGGUGUGACAAAACUUUUAAGGCUAAGGCACCCUUCGAACAGUACAUGA